GGAGACGAGAACGCUUUACUCCACUUUCUCUCUCUACACGGGGGACGUUCCUCUUCUUCUCCUCAUUCUCUCUCUUUCCAAUUUCGAUGGUUUCCCCCUUCGUUGCCAUUUUUACUCUCCCCACCAUCGGAGGAAGAAGAUUCCGGCAACGAUGUGGGGUCUCUUCGGCGGAUCUCUAGAGUGACGGAAAUGGUGGCUUUUGCUGCUCAUCCUCGUAAUUUUCCACGUCCAUGGAUUUAGACGCCGGAGUUUCCAUGUCCCGCAUAUCUGGAACCUCUCUAUUGCCGUUGCUAAACCAAGAUGCAAUGUGGCAAAUGAAUUUGAGUUCAGAUGAAACAAUGGAAGGCGGGGCAUAUCCGGAUCGGCCAGGGGAGCCGGAUUGCGCUUAUUACAUUAGGACUGGGCUUUGUAGGUUUGGUUCGACGUGCCGAUUCAAUCAUCCCCGCGACCGCAAUCUGGCUAUAGCCACGGCUAGGAUGAAGGGAGAAUACCCGGAAAGGAUCGGUCAGCCCGAAUGCCAGUACUAUCUUAAGACAGGAACAUGCAAGUUUGGAGUGACGUGCAAGUUCCAUCAUCCUAGGAACAAAGUUGGGAUUGCUGGAAAUGUUUCGCUAAAUGCGUUAGGCUACCCUAUACGCCCUAAUGAGGUUGAUUGUGCUUAUUAUUUAAGAACUGGACACUGUAAAUUUGGGAGCACUUGUAAAUUCAACCACCCUCCGCCCACAAACUUGAUGGCUCCCCUUCGUGGUUCCUCAGUUUACCCUGCAGUCCAAUCUCCUUCUGCUGGUCAGCAGUCAUAUUCUUGGUCUAGAGCGUCUUUUAUUGCCAACCCACCAUGGCAAGAUCCUUCUAGUUCUAGCUUUGCCUCGUUAGUUUUGCCUCAGGGCAUGGUGUCGGUUCAAGGAUGGAACACUUACAGCGGUCAGCUUGGCUCAGUUUAUUCAUCUGGAAGUCGAAAUCAAGUGGCAGGAAAUGAUCACAACUACAGAGAUCUACUGCAGAAUGAGGCGAAAGAGUCGGGGUUUUACGCAUUGCCGAGGGAGAAUGUUUUCCCUGAAAAACCCGGCCAACCUGAGUGCCAGUUUUACAUGAAGACUGGAGAUUGCAAAUUCGGUUCAGUUUGCAAAUUUCAUCAUCCUCGAAACAGGCAAAACCCUGCUCCAGACUGUGUCUUGAGUCCUAUAGGACUUCCACUGCGACCGGGAGAACCACUAUGCGGAUUCUAUUCUCGUUACGGAAUCUGCAAGUUCGGUCCAAGUUGUAAGUUUGAUCAUCCGAUGCAGCGGGUAUUCACGUCGAUGAAUCCAGAAGAAACACAGCUCGGGAAUCUGCUGGGAUCGUCGGCAUCGACAAACUUGUCAUCUGAGGAUGAACUUGUUGAGACACCAUCAGCUGCUAAAACCCAGAAGGUUCUCUGUGUCUGAGACAAGACCGCCAACGCCAAUCUGGUAAAAGAUCUUCUGUCUUUUCUCUUCAGAUGUUCAGAAGGAGGAUGAGGAUAGAUAUUCGAUUCAUGAAGAAUCUGUAAAUUCAAUCUUCUUCCUCUUUUUAAACCUCUCAAGCAUUUGGUACUGAGGUGUGACAGAACUGAUCACCCUUUUUGUUGUAUUUUUCCUUCAAAAGAAAUAAUUGCUUGUUGAAUAAUAGAAAACCUCUCAACAACGAUGGAUGCUGUUUCAGUUUCA